UGCGCGGCAAAGGGAGAGUCCUGAUCUCCCUCACUCCCCAAGAAGAAGUCACGUGCCCAGGGGCCUCUGUGGAAGCUUCUCUCAACAGCACCCUCACCACUCGCCUUCUCCCUGCCCUCUACUCCGUGGUCCUGCUUGUGGGGCUGCCAGCCAACGCUCUGGCCUGCUGGGUCCUGGUGACCAAUUUCAGGAGAUGUUCCAGCACCCUCUUCCUGCUCAACCUGGCCAUUGCCGACCUGCUCUUUGUCCUCCUGCUGCCUUUCAAGAUCUCCUACCACCUCUUGGGCAAUCACUGGCUCUUUGGGGACCACCUGUGCCGCGCCAUGGUGGCCGCCUUCUACGGGAACAUGUACAGCUCCAUCCUCUUUCUCACCUGCAUCGGCCUGGAGCGCUACAUCUCUGUGGUGCACCCAUUCCUGUGGAAGGGGUCCAGCUGGGCAUGGGCCAAGGCGGGCGUCUGCGCAGGCAUCUGGUUGGUGGUGGGGCUGGGCAUGAGCCCUCUGCUUUUGCGCCCCCAGAUAAGUCACAUCUCAAGCCUGAACAUCACAACGUGCCAUGAUGUUCUAGGGAAGGAUGACCACGUGUUCCUCGUCCACUAUUUCCUCUCCCUGGUGGGACUGGGCUUUGGCUUGCCCUUCGUGCUCAUGACCAUCUCCUACAGCUGCAUCCUGGCACGGCUGCUGGCCAAGGGGAGACGCUAUGCACAGGUGGUGCGUGUCCUGGCCCUGGUCCUCCUAGUCUUCAUCCUCUGCUUCACCCCCAGCAACGUGCUGCUGUUCAUCCACUGCAUGCUGGAGGCCACGGGGUGCCACAACACCACCUACAUCUGGUACACCCUGGCACUGGUGCUUGCUGCCUUCAACAACUGCUUUGAUCCCUUUGUCUACUUCUACAUGUCCCAAGAUUUUCGGGGCUGGGUCCGGCGUGCAGGCAGCUGCUGCCCAGGGGGGUUGAAGAGCUUGGUGGGGAGGUCCUCGGAGAAGAUAGCCUUGCCCUUGAGGUCCAGCGAGCAGAGACAGCUGUAG